AUGGGAAACAAGAUGGCGGGAUGGGUUUCCUCAUAUUCUGGUUUUGCAGGCAAUCUGGUUAGCUUACCAACUGUGGAACAACUCUCUCCGCGUGUUUUACGCAUCUUGGGUUGUAAUCCUAGCCCAAUGACGCUCCAAGGAACAAACACUUAUCUUGUCGGGACGGGAAAAAGUCGGGUACUGAUUGACACUGGAAGUGGCGGUUCAUCUGAAUACAUUGCUAAACUCAAAGAAGUAUUAUCAGACAGUCAAUCCAGCAUUCAAGAGGUUCUCAUCACACACUGGCAUCCAGAUCACGUGGGAGGAAUUGUUGAUAUCCUUAAGUCCAUAGACAAUUCAGGUCAUGUUAAGAUUUCAAAGCUUCCACAAGAGGGUGUCACUGAAGAGAUCAGUAGCAAUACUGAGCAUAGGUACAACUACCUUAAAGAUGGGGAGGAAAUUGUGACGGAAGGAGCAACACUAAAAGUUCUCCACACCCCUGGUCACACCACAGAUCACAUGAUAGUCUAUCUCAAAGAAGAAAAUGCUGUCUUUUCAGGAGACUGUAUCUUGGGUCAGGGCACUGCUGUAUUUGAGGAUCUUUACACUUACAUGAAAUCUUUAGAAGUGAUCUUGAACUUGUCUCCAUGUCUCAUCUACCCUGGGCAUGGUCCAGUUAUAGAGGAAGGUGUGAAUAAAAUCAAGGAAUAUAUUCAACACAGAAAUACAAGAGAAAAACAGAUACUUCAAGCCAUAGGAGAAAAACCGGAAAAUUCAGUAACUGCGAUGGACAUUGUAAAGAAAGUGUAUGUUGAAACUCCUUGGUACCUUCACAAAGCAGCUGAAAACAAUGUCAACCAUCAUCUAACCAAACUGGAAAAAGAAGGACAAGUUUGUUCAAUUGAUUCAAGCAGUGGGAAAAGAUGGAAGAGUUCUCUGUAGUCCUGUUUCAUUGAAUUUAGAGUCAAAUACAGAGAAUGGCGAGUCUGCUUCUUGCCAAGUGGCAUGUUAAAGAUCAACUGCUGAUUCAAGUAAACUCCUAAUUUUACUUACUAAUAGAUCAGUUCUCAAGACCUGAAACUCUAUGGUCUGUCAAUUAUUCAGGCCCUUGCCUCUCUUUUGACAGUGAAAGCAGACAUGUAUGACAUUAUAGUGACUAUGGUCUGUGUCUUGUUGCUAUAGAGCAAGGCAAACAAGUUUUGCUUUCAUGACAAGGUAACAGCCAAAGAUCUGGAACAAAUGGAUAUCGCAUGUUGCAGCUGAGAAAUAUUAUACAAAUCAGAGACCUUUCAAAUUAUAUUGCUGAGACAAGGACUAAAUUAUAAAUUCAAACAGUCUCAGAUCGCUAAAACUUUCAACGCUAGUGUUGACAAUAACUUAAUAUUUGCCAUGGGCAAAUAGUAUUUUCACCAUCUAUAGACACAGUUCUCUUGAUAGAUUUCUUCUUUGUACACACUUACACGUUCUAAAUAGUCACGUAAUUGAAUAAAUCUUGCAUUCUGAUUGGUUAACAAAGAGGUAUUACAGCAUGGAAUUGCGAGUUAAAAAUGUUUUGCAACUCUUAUUUUUGUGCUCAAACAAACAAUAUUAUCGCUGUUUUCUUUUUUUCUUAUUUUGUAUUCAAUUAUGCGAUUCAAGGAAGAUCCAUUACCUGACUCUUGAAUUCCACACUAAAUUAUAAUUGAAAACUGAUGUUACCCUCAUUGCUUUGUAAUUUGUGCAAUAACGGUUUUCACAUGGAAUUCCUUCAACAGGUAAUGAACUUUUCCUGUAGUAUUAUACUGUGUUCUGUAAAGUGUUCUUGUCUGUAAAUUCCAGGAGACAUUAAUUUUUGAAAAAAAUCUCCUUAAUAAGAAAUGUACAAGUCAAACUAAGAGCAACAGGUGUACUUGAACAUGUAAGAAUAAUAAAAGUACCAAUUAGUUCAACUUAUAUUGAUUGAUAAAUUUAUAAGCCUCUUAUAAUUAUAUCAGAGGCAGUUCUUGUGCCGUUGAAGAUGAUAUUACUUGUAUUUAAGAGAUUGUAAGGAAAUAAAACUAUAAAUUUCACUAA